GCUCACGCCGCUCCCAUCCCCGUGGCACCUUUGUUACCUGCAAUCCUCCCGCACCAUGCACGCGCCAGGCACCGCGGGCCCGGGCGACGCGUGCGCGAUUGACAUCAUGGACAUCUGUGAGUCAAUAUUGGAGCGGAAACGGCAUGACAGUGAAAGGUCUACGUGCAGCACCCUAGAGCAGACGGACAUGGAAGCUGUUGAGGCUCUUGUUUGCAUGAGUUCCUGGGGUCGGAGGUCCCAGAAAGGUGACCUGCUGAAGAUAAGACCCCUCACACCUGUCUCUGAUUCUGGGGACAUCACCACCACUGUGCUUAUGGACACAGCUGCACUUGAGCUACCAAAGGACUUCCAUUCUUUCUCAACUCUGUGCAUAACUCCUCCUCAGAGCCCUGAGCUCGUGGAGCCGUCAACAGGAACAUCUGUUCCUUCCCAGGUAACUAAUUCCAAAGGACACAUGACCGUGGCCCUCUCCUCAUCCUCUGUGUCAGCCAGAGAGCUGAGCAGUAGGGCAGAAAAGGGUUUGCCAGGUUUUAAGCCAAAGCCACUGGAGCCAGCCACUGGACCCCCCUGUAGAGCUGUGGUGACAAGUGUGAUCCGUCACACCGGGGAGAGGCCUGCUCCUGCCUGCUUUCCUACCAUCCAGACUCCAGAGCAGCCGCUGUCCAAAGGAAGAGGAGAAGCACAGUUUCUGGGACGUUUGGAAGCUUUGCAGGACACAUGCCUCACAGACCGUGUACUCAUCUCUAACUCGGUUUCCUGUCAGCCUUGCUUGCACAAGUCUAGUAGCCUGGUUCCUACCAACAAGGACCAGCAGGCAAGAUGGCCCACUUCUGUUCAGACCUCCUUACCAAAGAAUUCUGAAAAUGACUUGCUGAGGAAGACCACCCCUCUGAUUUCUGUCCCUGUCUUCAGUCCCCCUGUCCUUUGCCAAAUGGUCCCUGUGACUGGACAGAGUGGCAUGUUCUCAGCUUUUUUGAAGUCCCCUCCCCAGGUACCUACAGGGACUGUCAAGCCCAUCUUACCUAACCAGGCUGCUCCCAUGCCUCAGCCUGUGCUCAUGGGCCCAUCUGUGCCUCAGGGAACCGUGAUGCUGGUCCUGCCACAGGCCUCCUUCCCCCAGCCUGUCCCCUGCCCAUCUGGCGUCAUGGCUAUCGGAAAUACCAAGUUGUUGCCCCUUGCCCCUGCUCCAGUGUUCAUUGCCUCCAGUCAAAACUGUGCUCCUCAGGUAGACUUCUCCAGAAGGAGAAACUACGUUUGCAAUUUCCCAGGCUGCCGGAAGACCUACUUCAAAAGUUCCCACCUCAAGGCUCAUCUUCGAACCCAUACGGGGGAGAAGCCUUUUACUUGCAGCUGGGAUGGCUGUGAUAAGAAGUUUGCACGCUCAGAUGAAUUGUCUCGCCACCGCAGAACUCACACUGGGGAGAAGAAGUUCGCGUGUCCGGUGUGUGAUCGGCGCUUUAUGCGGAGUGACCAUCUCACAAAGCAUGCCCGACGUCACAUGGCCACCAAGAAGAUCCCAGGCUGGCAGGCAGAGGUGGGCAAGCUGAACAGAAUCUCCCCUGGAGAGAUCCCAGGGAGCACCCCUGAGCCAUUGCUAGCCUCUGCCUGAGAGGUUACUGGUGUUACCGGAGGAUUCUUAGAGCCCCUUUCAGGAAUGGGACUGUGCAUUCCAGGGGCUCAGGGCUGGGUAAGGCUUGGAAACUGGUUCUGAUGGAAGCAUGGUAACUUUACUUUUCUGGUUGGGACCCUGUUCAGUAUCUUUUGUAUUUUCAGAAGUGUUUUGAUUUUGUUUUUUUGUAAGGAAAUGGAAGAUAUGAUUAUUGAAAUCACCAGCAUUCAAACAAACAUUCGGGCAAUAAAGUUUACAAAGUCUGGAUUUUUUUUUAACAACCUUUCUAUUCAUGUUUUGCAGAAAUGAGACAGGGUACUAAUUUUAUACUUUUUUAUGAAAAAUAUUUAUAUUAUGCUCAAAUCACUGUUUUCUAGGUAGAUGCUUUUACACCCUUCUUUCCAUGUUUUAUAGCAAAGUUUUGGGACGACCCUGCUUUUAGUAAGCUUGGUAUAUUAUUCAGAAAAAAAUCACAAGGUGGUUAUCAGUUCUUUUUUUGGAGUCAAAAUUGAUUGAAUGCAGGCUUAUGAGGGAAACAUAAAUUUUGUAGUCAGUUUCUUCAUAGAAUUUUCAAGGAAAAUUUCAGGCAAUCAGCCCUGUAGUCCACAGAAUUAAAAUUGAGGUUCGGUAGAACUGGGCACAUGUGUAGGUUGCCCUCUGUGAGUACAUGGGCUACUAGCCAGCUGUAGGGGAUCAGGGGCUCCGGCCGGUCUGUGUGUGUAUGUACAGUGCUGUCUUCUGGCCAUUCUCUGCCCAGCGCCAGAGUCUACAUCCUGCUUGUACCCAGCCCAGCUGCUUUGUGGGUUGUCAGUUGACUUCUUUUGAUAGGACCUUAACUAUGUGGUAGGUUCAGUGACUGUGAGAAAAGGAAAUAUCCAUAGUGGUUGGAAGAACUUUCCAGCAACAUGCAGCUCAUCUCAAGUGAUGUACAAGUGCAUACUGUCAGCUGAGGCUCAGAUGCCUUUCUUACAGAUGAACUGUGAGGAAGUGUGUUUUGCUAAAUGGCGCUGGAAUACCACCUAGGGGCCCUUUAACUCAUUUUGUUUGAAGGAAAUGAUUUUGAUCAAAAAUUACCUGAGAUGGAGUUUGAGGUCUAGAAGAUAGACAGUGGGCACUGCCUUUUAAACCUUGUGAGCAGAUACCCUGCAUGUGUAGGAAACUAGCAUCUUACACCCCCAUGGCCACAGAAACUGCUUUGGUUAAAUGUUGAAAGUUCCAGCAACACUAAAUUUAAGAACAAGGAAUCUUGCACAGUUCUGAGCACUUGGAACUAUUUUUGUGCUGUGUGUUAGCUUUUAUAUUUGCCUUUUAAAUAUUGGCACUUAGCAUACAAAAAUGUUUGCAAGAUUGAAAUACUGAAAAAUUAGAUAAAAGUUGUUGUGUUGAGGUCUUCUUAGUCCGAUACAACCCUUACCUGUCAUUCAUUGUAUGUUACUUGAUUCCUGUUAAGCUGCCCUUCAGUGUCACCUGCUUUUUGACAUGUAUCUGUAUUUUUAGUAAACUUUUACAGUCUUGGGCAGUUCCGCAGUUUAAUAUUCCUGUUACCAAAACAUAAGAGUCACAGGAGAACCCUAGUGUACAUAGCUCUUGCUCUUCCCACCACCCCAGCCCGCUGUGUGUCCCAUCAAAGUCCGCAUGCGCGCUUCUCCUUAAUUAUGCCAUGCAAAGUUCUGUGGGUAACGGGAGGCUUCUGAGUAGUCCCUGACCACUGGUGCUCCAAAAGAGCAGGUGUGUUGAAAUGAUGUUACUCCAUUUCCUGAUUAGAUUUAGAGAUCUCUUCUGUAUAUCCCCCACCAUUUCUUGGAAAGAUUGUAAGUUGGAAAACAGCUCCCAUCUGAAAAAGACCCUCCAGAGAACCAGAGCUGUCAGUGGUGGCAGUUCCCCAAUGGGGGCCUCCAUUGUCAACUCGGGGUGUUGGGCGCUGCACAGUGAGGCAGGCUCCCCCAUGCACUUUAUUGCCUGAGCAGUUCUGCUUGAGCCUUUUUUUCUGAAGUUUCAAUAAUAAAAUUUUAAGUGUUUGACAAUUAAGUUUUAUGUAACAGAUGCUGACUUAUUUAAAUGAAUAUGUGUAAUGUAACUUUUUCCUUUGAAUCAUAUAAAACUUUCUUGAUUUGCAAACUGAA